UGUGGCACCCACAGCGCCAAAAUUCAAAAACGUUUCUGAAUCGACCAGACAGCAUGUAAAUAAAACCAAAUGAAAGACUAUUAUAAAUAUCAUGGAUCCUUUGAUUUAACAUCGAUUAUGAACCAAGUGUUUCAACAACAAGUUGGAGUCCAGCCACGGGGAUUUGCCUGAAACGUCACAAUAAUAUGAAGAAUACCAGUGAACACCAAGGAGUAUUUUCAAUCAUUUGAUGACCAUGAGACGGAGCCCAAGGAGACCCCUGAUCCUCAGAAGAAGAAAGUUGCCCUUUCAGCAAAAUGAUCAGCCAGCAGCUGAAUCGCAAAGCCAAGAUGAUGCAUCAGGCUUCAAAGAACCUUCAAAAUCAGCUGCCAAUCAGAGCUUCCUCGAUGGUAUCCGCAUUAUGGAUCACCCUUCCAUGUCUGACACACAGGUGGUUGUUAUCCCCAAAACAGCAAACCUUCAAAGUGUUAUCGGGGCCCUCACAGCCAAAGGCAAAGAGUGUGGCGUCUGGGGGCCAAACAAGUUCAUCCUUCUGAGUGAGAAAAGCAGCCGUGACGAUGGCUCUUUUUGUCAGCCUGCUGCUGAAGGGGAUAGCGUCUCUACAGUCGAACAACCGAUGAAAGCCGAGACCAUGCACAGCUCCCCGGAUGCUAAACGUUUCACUGGAAUUCAAGCAUUGAAUAAGGAACAGGAGUGCGGUCCUUUGGAUGACAGCCUCACCAACAUUCAGUGGCUGGGCAGAAUGAACACAUGCACCUUCCAACCGGACGCUGCCAAGCAGAUGGCCAACAAGGAGAACCCAAACCCCACUUUUCAGGCGCAAAAUGCACAAAUGGACGCGGGGACUCCUCAGCAGCUCAUGUCAGAGAGGCCACCGUACUCCUACAUGGCCAUGAUCCAGUUCGCUAUCAACAGUCUGAAGAGCAGGAGGAUGACACUGAAAGAGAUCUACAUGUGGAUCGAGGACCACUUCCCUUACUUUAGAGAGGUGGCCAAGCCAGGAUGGAAGAAUUCCAUCCGCCAUAACCUGUCUCUACACGACAUGUUCAUCCGUGAGACGUCACCAGAUGGUAAAAUUUCUUUCUGGACCAUCCGGCCCGAGGCCAACCGCUGCCUCACUCUCGAUCGGGUGUACAAGCCUGGUUGUGACCCAAUGACUGCUCCUGUUCCGGUGCCAAUGCUUUUAUUUUCCCACCAACAAAAAAGGAGGAUUCUUCCUGACACAAGAAAAACACCAAUUAGCUCCGAGAGAAGGAUGAAACCUCUUCUCCCUCGGACCGAUUCCUACCUGGUUCCCAUCCAGCUGCCCGUCACCUCCUCGCUCUACCUGCCGUCCAUGUCGGCCCCGUUUCCCCCCUCUUGCUCCCAGCCGAAACGGAACACUUCGCAAGGAGCCAAGAGAGUCCGGAUAGCGCCUAAGGUGACGCAGAGUGACGUCCCGGCCGUGGUGAUGCUUCCUCACACGAGCGAAGACCUCAAGGUGAAGGAGGAGCCGGUGCGUGUCCCAAUCAAAUGCGAGACUCCUAAAGCCCCUCCGAAGAGACAAGCCAGCAGCUCUCGACGCAAACAGCGCCUGGUUCACUCUCUGCACGAGGAGCCCGUCCUCCUCUGCCCCGAUAAUACUUUCUUCGACUCUGGCGUGGUCUCCGAUGCUUCAACUUUCCAGGACAUGCGGGACACCGAGCUGGACGAGCACCAGCAGGAGCAGCACAGCCCCGAUCGGGACUGUUCCCUUAAGACCCCCAUAAAAAGUAGCAGCCACCUGACCUCCUCCACGCCCAGCAAGCCUCCGUCUCUUGCCGUACCCGAGCCCUGGAAAGUGACCCCUGUGGGCAAAGGGCGCCAAAGCGCUCUGGACUUCAGCCCCAUCCGCACACCCGGCGGUCCUGCAGUCACGCCGUGGCACGACUACACCACCUACAGCUUCAACAGCACUCCCUUUAAAGACUGGCCUCUGUUCAGCUCCCCCAGAGAGCUGCUCACGUCCCCUCCCCCCAGAGCGACGGGACGGGCAGACUCUCCCAUGGACUGCCUCAGGAGCAACUGCUCCAGAGAGCUGCUCGAGGCAGGAGGAGGCGCCGCGACACCCGCUAACCGCUCCAUCACAGAGGGACUCGUCCUGGAUACAAUGAACGACAGCCUGAGCAAGAUACUCGUGGACUUUAGCUUCUCUGCUCUGGAGGAUGAGGACCUGGGCAUGGCCAACAUCAGCUGGUCUGAGUUCAUCCCUCAGUUUAAGUAGCCUGAGGGCCAAAUCACAUUACAUCUUAUUUACACCAACGUGUCAUCUGUUUCUCUAAAACACUAUCGGAGAAAAUAGGAAUAAAGUAAAAAAUGUAAAGACAGGGACAUUUUAAUUUGAGUUACCAGGUCCAAUCAGCAACCUGCUGACUUGUUCCUCUUCACCGUCUGGCUCACUCCUCAACUGCUUCUUUCCUCACUCCUGUUUUUCUUUGAUCAUUUAUCCUACCUGUCAUUAUCCCGUCUGUACUCUUGUUGGAAUCGCUAGAGAAGAGAAAAAUGUAUGUACGUAUGUGAAUACACACCUUUUUGUAUGUUGAUUUGCACAUUUUAAUAUAUAAUUUUUAGCUUUUUGCAUUUGUAAAUGAAAAGACAAUAUAUCGCCAGCGAGACGAGCGGCCUCCUGGAAUCCACUUUUAGAUUGUGAGAUUGUUAGCAAUAAGCGAUGUCAAGGUAAUAAAAGUAGCACUAACAGCAAUAGGAUUAAUAGAAGUGUCAUCAGUGGGCACUUUGUACCUGCGCAGAAGGAACAGCUCCUGACGUCGUCGCCAUAGUUUACGGUAGUCUUUAGGAGCAACAUAUUUUUGUAUCCAUCUAGCACAGAUAGUUUUUAGAUGUAUUGUUCUGUAAGCACCGAUGGGAUGUAAGGGUGGGGGGGGGGGGGGGGAGCGCGUGCGCCUCCAAAUAGUUUUUCCUACAGCACCAUCUUCAGAGGGCAGACUGGGACAUAAUCCCCGUUUUUGAAAAAAGGCCACAGAAUAAUGUACGGCUUUGAUGAUUCCUUCGGGUUUCGUUAGCACGUGUGUUUGCAUGCGAAAGGUUUUGCGUUGCCUGCGAGUCGAUGUCUUUGCAGUUGGUGCUGAAUGGCGUGCGUGGCGUGGUUUGUAGCUGACAGAUUUCAGAGCAUGUGUUCUGUUUUCUGAAGUGUUUCUGUGACUGUACAAUACAUCUGCUGGUGUUGUCGCCUUAGACGGCGUAAAGGGCUUUUAUUCAUUCAUGUGUUCUCCACCAUAAGUACGCUGGGAUUUGCUUCGCUCGGGUCACAUUUAAAAAAAAAAUGUAAAUAAAGGUUUAACCAACCUCAACACAAACUACAGUAACCCCUCUACAGUGUACUACUGCAUAGCAAUGUCGCCUGUUUGUAUUUAUACUUGAAUAAAAGUUCAAAAAACA